CAUGUCAGUGUCUGACGCUCUUUUCCCCAUAGACAAACAGUAAAUCGUUCACACGAAAGCGUGAGAGAGAGAGAGAGAGCAUUUAUGAGAGCGUUGAUUAUUUGUAAGCUUUUUCUAUCAUAAAUCUUUCAUUCAAUGCUCUAUGUAAGACGUCGCCAUGACACUGCCAGAGGAGCUAUGUGACCUCUCAAUCCUUGUCAAUGGUCAUCACAGAUUCUUUCUGCAUCAGAAAGUUGUGUCAUGCUACUCCGGGAAGUUGAGGAAGGCCAAUAGUUCAAGAAUAGAUUUUGAUGAUUUCCCAGGAGGGCCAGAGGGGUUUGAAUUGGUUUCAAGAUUCUGUUACAGCAAUGGGAAGACCGUCAGAAUCACAGUGCAAAAUGUCUCAAUCCUCCAUUGUUGUGCUGUGUUUCUCGAAAUGACGGAGAAGAUUCACCCUUUCAACCUCUUGGAACGAACCCAAAAUUUUCUCGAGGGAAUGUUCUACUGGUCUUGGCAUGAAAUCCUCACCUCUCUCAAGACCUGUGAACCCUUCUUCCAUUUUGCAGAUUCUUGUGGUCUUAUCACAAAACUUAUGAAUUUCUUGCUAGCCAAGAUUUUGCGAAAUUCCAACAUUUCUCUCCUUCUGGAAUCCCCAGACACACAACGGGGAUCCAGAGCUUCUUCUUACUCUUCUUCUUCUUCAAGAAAUUCCUGGUGGUUUGAAGAUAUGGCAGUUUUAUCCCCUAGAACAAUAGAGAAGUUUGUGAAUACCUUAGGAGCUUUUAGAAAUGAGAACAACCUAAUCGUCACAAAGUUUCUCUUGUACUACUUAAAGAGAGCGGCCCAGUGCAAGAACAGUGGGCUGAUUUCAAGAGCAUCCUCAAGUUACAGUGGGAUUGCAGAAACAGCUGUUCACAGGGUGAUUUUGAAGGGCAAAACAGGUUUUUCUUGCAGAAAUCUAUUUUGGGUUAUGAGAAUUGUGUCUGGUUUUGGGGUGAGCAAAGAUUGCAGGGAUGGGUUGGAGAGAGUGAUAGGCAGAGUUCUUGAACAGGCUACACUGGAUGAUCUGCUGGUCUGUGGGCACAAUGGGAGUGUUUAUGAUGUCAAUCUUGUGUUGAGAUUGAUCAGAGUGUUUGUUCAUCAUAACGAUAAUAAUGCCGCUAGGGAGAAGAUGAUUAGGGUUGGAAGAUUGAUUGAUAGGUAUUUGGGUGAAAUUUCUCCUGAUCAGAGCCUUAAGAUCUCAAGGUUUCUUGCCAUUGCUGAAAGCUUACCAGAUCAUGCAAGGGAUUGCUUUGAUGGAGUCUAUAGAGCUAUAUAUAUCUAUCUUGAGUCCCAUCCAACCCUCUCAUUUGAAGAAAGAUCAAGACUGUGCAGAUGUCUAAAUUAUGAAAAGCUAAGUCUGGAGACAUGCAAAGAGCUGGCCAAGAACCCGAGAAUUCCUCCAAGAAUUGCAGUUCAGGCACUUUCUUCACAACGUCCAAACGAGCCUUCAUCAAUGAAGAAGAUUCUGAGUGAAAAUCCAGGAACCCAAAUCGUGUUGUACAACAACAAGUGUGGUGAUAGUUUUGCGGAUAGUGGGCAUCUCUCUGAGGGUCAAAAAAGCGAUGAUUUGAGGGUAAACCUUGAGAGGAUGCAGUGGAGGGUAGUGGAGCUGGAGAAGAUCUGUAAGGAGAUGAAGGGACAAAUGACAAAAAUGGUCAAGUCUGGGACCAUUAUACCAACCCCUUCACACGGUAGAGCCUUGCCCAGGCUUUGCUAACAUUCCCAAUGACAAAAAUGAAUAUAUACAUGUAUAAGGAAGUUUCUGCAAGUAUAUACUCCGUAUAUGCUUUUCUUUUCUUUCUUAUUCUUAUAUAUAUGCGUAUGUGUUACUCAUUAUUCUGCAAAAAAAAAAAAUGUAAGGAGAAUGAGGUCAAGAUGCUCGAUUAAUCUUACUUCAUUUGAAGAACAAACCUAACAUGUACUAUUAUCUCAUGUCCACGGUUAAAUCUUACUUCAUUUCAAGAACAAACCUAGCAUGUCUUGUUACCUCAAGUCUGUAAUUCCUUUC